AGUGUGCUCUGGGUGUCCGUGGUGUGUUAAUGUGCUCUGAACGUACGUGGGGUCCGUUAAUGUGUUCUGGGCGUCCAUGGUGUGCGUUAGUCUGCUCUGAACGUACGUGGGGUAUCCCAGGAUAUCUCAGCUUGUAUCACUGAAUAUCAGCCAAUCAGAAGACGUCUGAGGAUGGAGCAGGCCUGUGAUUGGCCCUUCAAGAACACUCUGAAUGUUCUGUUGAACAAGCAUGAAGUUCUGAAGGAGGCCAACCAGGUCACAGAACACGGAGAACAGGACGUAGAACAUGGAGAACAGGACGUAGAACAUGGAGAACAGGACGUAGAACAUGGAGAACAGGACGUAGAACAUGGAGAACAGGACGUAGAACAUGGAGAACAGAACGUAGAACAUAAACAGGACGUAGAACAUGGAGAACAGGACGUAGAACUUGGAGAACAGGACGCAGAACAUGAACAGGACGUAGAACAUGGAGAACAGGACGUAGAACAUGGAGAACAGGACGUAGAACAUGGAGAACAGGACGUAGAACAUGGAGAACAGGACGUAGAACAUGAACAGGACGUAGAACAUGGAGAACAGGACGUAGAACAUGGGGAACAGGACGUAGAACAUGAACAGAACGUAGAACAUGGAGAACAGGACGUAGAACAUGGAGAACAGGACGUAGAACAUGGAGAACAGGACGUAGAACGUGGAGAACAGGACGUAGAACAUGGAGAACAGAACACAGAACACGUAGAACCGGCCGUAGAACACGGAGAACAAGCCAUCAACAACAGAGAACAGGAAGAACAAGACAUAGAACACGGAGAACAGGCCAUCCAGAACACAGCAGACAGCUCAGACACCACCAGGAAGACAGAACAACGAAAUAACAGCAAUAAACAAGGGAAGAGAGAGAGACAGCAAGAAAUUAGAGACAUAAGAGAGACGAGAAGUAACAAGGAAGAGGCAAAAAUGGAUAAAAACGGGAAUAAGAAAGCAGAAGAAAGCCACAGAAAGGAGGAAAUAGACCAGAAAGGUGACAUAAACAGCCCCAAUGAAGGGGGAAGUGGUAGAAAGUCCAAUAAACGAGGUAAUAAAGGCACUGUAAAAGACAAAGAUGGUAGAACGAGAGAGACAGAACAGACUGAAGAACAGAAGGAAAGAGAACAGGGAGAGAUAAAGCAAGGAGAUAAAAAGAGCAGUGAGAGAGAAAGAGGGAAUAGAGAGGAGAGAAUAAAGACGAGAGAGAGAGAUAAGAACAACACAGAACAGAAAGAACACAAGUCACAGAAGAAGACAGAACAGAGAACAAAACACAAGAACAAAACCCAGAGAAACACAGAACACAAGAACAAGGGAUAUCUGUACUUAAAAAAAAAGAAGGCCUUCAGUACCUGGAAGCGAUACUACUUUACGUUAAAUGGUCGACUACUGACCUACUACAAGCCCCAGCGACACUACCAGGACCCCGGUGGACAACAGGGGUCUCCUAGCGGGCCCCAAAGUGGCCCAAAAGGGGUCCUGGACCUGGAUUUUUUGCUUCAGGUCACUGUUGGGAGACGUGGAAUUAUGAAGGCGAAUUAUCCCUUCAAAUUGACCUGUAAGAACCUGCCUUCUGUGAAACUGGCAGCAGAGACGAGCGAGGACAGGGAGAAAUGGGUGAGGAUCCUACAGGAUGUCCUACAGGAUGUAAGACAGGAUGCCCCUACGGGUCCAGAGCGCUUGUCCAGCUCCGACAAUGCUCUUAGUACUCCUGGCUGCCACUCCUUGAGUCCAAGUACUCAAAAAAUGAAGUCAGCAACCUUGCCAGGAGGGAGAGUGUCAGGCCAGGACGUCAGCUCCAGCACUUCUGGGGAAGAGGAAUCUCAGGUGCUGGAACCUCAGGUGCUGGAACCCCAGGAGGAACCUCAGCUCAUCAAACCCAAGAAAAUCUUGAGGGUACCAGUGGCUGGUCCUCUGUAUGGCGUUAAUAUAGCCGCGAUUAAACUUAAGAGUACCAAGACUCUUCAUAAAGAGGUAAGAGAAGACACAUCCUCCAGUUCCUCGGAUCAAGACGACAUAGGUUCUAAACCAGUACCGUUCCCAGGUCAGGUCAAGCUCAAAACAGUGAAAAAACAGACUGUUGAAAGUUCACAACAAUCUAACAGAACGCUGGAAGCCGGAGAAAUAUUCGGUGUUAAACUGAAGAAGGUCCAGAAAAGAGACGAAAUAGAGAGGUUAGACAGCAGUGGGGGACAGGAGGGACACCCUGCCAUUUGUAAACGGCCACAGAAACGGCCGUUUAUCCCGUUGAACAACAGUAGCCUUCUCAACCGAACGGAUAUCAGCCAACCUCAGCUGUCAGCAGGUAUCAGUAGGAGUCCCUCACCUAGAAAGAGGUCACCAUCACCUAGCAUACCUCUGUCUAGGAGCGUCCAUGCCCUAACGAAAUCUGUUGAGGGCCCUACCGUUGCAAAUAGUGAGGUGUUAUCUGUUCCGGUGAGAGAAACGGGAGCGAUUGUUGACGCAGUGAGGAGUAAUACGUUACGUGUCUCCGGACAAACAGGAUCGUCCGUUGAAGGUAAACGGAAGGUUGAUAAAGAUAUCAGGGUCCAUCAUGCUGUCAGCCGUGAAAUCAAGUACAGUGUGGACGUGGAGGCUAUCGAGGUCGAUCCUAUUGUAGCGAUAGCCAUUGUUCCAGCCGUUAGAGCACAACAGAUUAGCCAGCAAACGGUAAGCAGGGAUGACAGACAGGGAAUAACAGGAAGUGUGGAUAGGAUCAGUGAUCCUGAUGAUGAUACGGCCUUUCCUGUAUCCUCAUCCGAGCUGACAAGAUCCGUGGAUCGUUCCAGUGAUGAGACAGAAUUUGCAGAAUUUGAACAGGGUCAUGAUCCUGCGUCAGUACCUUCAGGGAGUCAAUCCAGAGUUGAGGUACAGCUCCAGGGUCCUCCUGAGGGCAUUAAUAUAGGAUUGAAUAAGAGAGAGCUGGAUUCAGGUCCCCUUUUGAUGAGUCCACUGCUGUCUCCAGAAGUGAUAAGUAGUUCCUCGGUGUCAGCUAGUGCUGCCAGUAGUGCCUCAGUGUCAGCUAGUGUUGCCAGUAGUGUCUCUGUGUCAGCUAGUGCUGCAGUAGUGCCUCAGUGUCAGCUAGUGCUGGCAGUACUGCAACGGUGUCAGCCAGUGCUGUCAGUAGUGCGACAGUGUCACUUAGUGCUGUCAGUAGUACCAUGGUGUCACCUAGUGGUAACAGCAUUCCCACAGUGUCAGCUAGUGCUGUCAGUAGUGCUACAGUGUCAGCCAGCACUGUCAGGAGACAGGAAUCCCACCCACCACCAGCAAGCAAUUCUUCAUCUCUCUCACUCCCUUCUAGGUGGCAAAAUAACGAUAACGAUAACGAUAAACAGAAAAAUAACGAUAACGGAACUCUGCUGCGAGUUUUCAGAUGAUAACUCUACCCAGAAUGUGAAACCUUGUAGAGGAGCCUCGGAACCCUCCACUGGAGCCUUCCCAGGUGAAGCCUUGAAGGCUUAUGUAGAGCAGGAUAUUAAGACCUCGGAGAGUGCCACACCUCCUCGUAGUCCCUUCAGAGGCAGAGCGAGUACUAAUGAGAGUACCAAGAGUACCAACUCGUCCUCAAAGAGUGAUUCUGAAAGCUCAGAAAAGAAGUCAAAAUUUAAACUUUUUAAGAGUAAAUUGUCAGUAAAUAAGAAGGAGGAUAAGGAUUCUAAAGAUGGUAAAGAAAGGAAGCGAAAGGGAAGUACUUUCUCUCUUCUCCAGGUCAAGAAGAGUAAAGAGAGGGCCAAGAAAGGCCCUGACGACCUAGAAAGAGAGUCUGCUGAAGCGCUCGUGAACGUCAGCCAACAGCCAGCAGACACUGCAAGGGGAUAUGAUGCAGUUCAAACAGCACUCACUGAAACAGCAGCUAUAACUGCAGUGAAGGAUGCUAACAUAUUUGUCUUACAGUCUGAUGUGUUGGAGACAGAGAAGGACUUAAGACCUGAUACUGGUGACAGUGUCAAGCAAGAUAGCCAUUCUGUCAGCACUGAUAUUGUAGACAGUGUCAAGCAAGAUAGCUCUUGUCUCAGCACUGAUGUCACAGAUAGUGUCAAGGAAGAUAGACGUUCUCUCAGCCCAGAUGUCACUAUCGUACUGCGUCGUGAAAAGCUACAUAGUAAUGGUGAAGCACGGUGCAGUACCUACAGUAGGGCUUCUAACAGUUCCAGGGACCAGGAGCCAGCGCCUUCCAUCCCUGAAAAGACAAGAGUCAGGGCCAAAUCCCCAAAUCACGACAUACCACAAAGCAACAGGCCCGUUACACACAUGUAUCGUAACAUCCAACAGGAACAGGAGCUGGAAGACAACAAACAGGUGGAUGGAUACAUCACAGAGGAGCAGAUACAUGCUAUCCUGACAGCCAGUGAAUCACGGGACAAAAAGAGACACUCUCAGUCUCACAGCUUCCUGCUGACAGUGACUGACAUUUCAAAGGGGUCAGAAGACUGGUCCUUCAAGAGACCAUCUUUUGAAUCGGUCAACAGCACCGAGAGCGAUGAGCCCCUUGCUGUGACCAACUUCCUCAGCAGUGACAGACACUCCAGUAGCUCUGGAAGCCUCAAGACGCGGUCCAAGUCUUUGGACUCCAACAGUUCCAGCGAGUCCCCAGUGUGUAAAGAGUCCCAAGACCCAGAGCAAGACACCUCAGCAGUUCAUCUCAGGAAACUAUCCCGUCCAACAGAUAGUCUAAUGGCUACUAACAGAGUGAGUUUGACCUGUCCAGAGUUUACAGUACUGGAGGAAGAUGGUGUUACCACUCCAGAUGCUACUAAGACAUCCUUCCCAACUGAAGUAGUACCUCCAGGGAGUCCUUCGGAUGUCCCUAGGAUUAGGGUUGCCACUGGAGUAGAACCCGGAGUAGAUCUUCAACAGAGUCCUUCAUUGCAGACCACACUUGAUAGUGAAGAAGAGGACUACUUCCCAGUACCAGGAGUCCAAAUGAGGACAGUACCAGGCAGCCUAGUACUAGCACAGUCCUCUAAAGACCUGAGGACAUCUGGUAUACUAGAACUCAAGGAGUAUUUGAAGAAGGAGGGUCAGCAGGAGGUCAAGGAAGAGGUCAAAGCUGGUAUAAGCCGUCUGGGACACAGUCCUGCCGUGGAGAAGUUAAAAAAUACUUCUGAAAAUCUCUCAUAG